UUUUGGCAAGCUUUGCCCCCAGGCUCAGCUCCGUGGGAGUCUGAGGCUUUGGAGAAGUGGAGAAGGUUCUGGUUUAUCUUUCCUGAGAAGCUGGAGGGGCCAGGAUCAGAGGGUGGCUUGUGGCCGACUGGGUGCCAGGCUGGGUUAGUUAGCUUUGUGUACUUGCUGGGUCAUCUAGUUCAUGUGUAAUCUGGCCUGCACUCUCAGCCUGCCAGAGAGUUUCUUUGCUCCAAUCCAGGCUUGAAUCUGAAGUAUGAGAAGAAAAAGAUAUCUGUAAUAAGCAGGAAAAGAGCCAAGAGCCUGGAGCUGCAUUAAACUUAGCUAGAGGUUUUGAGAGAGGAAAGGAGGGGGCAAGGUGGGGGAAGAUGUUCCUUCCCUUUCCGUCCCAGUUGGUAUUGCUGGUUACAGGGGCUGAAGAGAGGCAGGGAGGUGUCAGAGCAGUAGGCAAAUGCUCCUUAAAAGACAAAUAGUGUCAUGAGUCAAUCAGUGUGGAUAGUAAGUAACUUUCUGCUCGAUGUUUAUUACCAGUUGGUCUCCCGCAGACAAACUGGGGAGCAUCUUGUUUUCACUGGGGCUUCUUCCAUCUGCGGUGCAGCUCUGCACCUUGCAGCAACGUACAGCAAUAACUCUGAAAGGGAAAGAUCUUGCUGAGUCUUUCUGGUGUAGAAGUUCAAGUAUAUGAGCAGGUUGUCUUGUACUCAGAACCAGGGUUUCUAAAGCACUGCCUUUGGAAGUAUGGCCAGAACUCUGCGUUUACAGACAGCGUGAGACUGAGGGGAGAGAGGGAGGGAGGGAGGUGGCUUGUCCAACGGCAGAGUCAGGAGAAGAACCCAUCUCUCCUUUGAUUAGGUUCCCACUACUCCAUGCUGCUCCCGGGGUUUCAGAAGGCUUGGUCCAUCCACGAAUGGAUUACGGAUCAUUAAUACAGCCCACCAAAGAGCAACAACGAAAAUAUCCCCACCCAGGGAAGCAGUUCUUACUCUGUUAUGGACACGCUUUCUUAUGUGUGUACUGACAAAAAUUUCUCCCUUGUUUUCUUCCUGAACUUCUACUCGCUACGUGGCCGUGCCUGGACUGCUGAGCUGCUGACUAGGGUCAAGACCAUGCCUCUCUGUACCGGCCUGACCUUGUGUUACCAGGCACUUCUGUGAGCUGCAGCUCCAAAUUGACAAGAUCUCAGGCUAUGCAUCCCUGAUUGUUUGCUUACAAAAUCCCAGCUCCCUGCAAAUGAUAUCCAGGUCCCACUCACUGCUGCUAACAGCACAAAGACAAAGCAAAGUCAGUUUUGUACCCUGCCUUCCUUUCCUAUUCCCCAUUACACCAUAUGGAUUCCCUCAAAGUGUAAUGUGUUCCAUUGCUUUUAGACACUGUGCAGAAAGCAAAGCCAGGAAUGUUUUUCUGUCCAAAUAUAGUCAGGAUGACGGUUCUUGCCUGUAGUCCAAACCAAAUAUCUGCACUUGAGAACCUGAGACCUCUAAAAUUCAUCAGAACUCCGAAGUCCCAGCAGCAGUUCUCUGCACUCGUAUAAAAGCAAUCCUUCUGGGGGCUUAAGCUGCCUGAAUAAAGCAUGGAGAAUAUAUUCAAUCCGUUGGAAAAGUCAGAGCUAAAACUACAGAGUUCUGACUGACUUCUUGCCCUUGGCCCAGGGCAGUGCUGGUUCCCAGAAGGGCGUCUGGGGAGUUGUCUGAAGCAUCUGAAAGAGGCUUAAAUUCUGACAAGUGCCGUAGAUUUGAGGCCACUAAUGGCUGCAUCUGAGAGUCCUUUAAGCACAAGUAUCUCUUGGGAAAGCCGUGAGGUUCUUAACCCGGGGGUGGAAUGUCAACAGAUGGUGCACUCGGGGCCUAAUAAUCCUUAAAAUAUCUAUAGGAGAGAGCUAUGCUUGAAAUUUAACAACCUCAACGGUACUGAACUGGGUAUAAACCUGAAAUUUUGCUUUUUACCAGCCAGAGCUUGUACAGCAAAGAAUCCAGAUGCAGAGUGACUUUAUCAGAAGCAUCGUUAGCGUGAGCAGCAUUAAGUUCGUGCAGCUCCCUCAGCUCCGCAAGCUGCAUCUAGCUUUUUGAAACUCUAGUGGUUCUGCACAACUUUGGCAGUAACUGCAGGGCUACUCACAAAUGCUCCAAAUGCAACUGUGAGCAAACGGAUUACCAAUGCAUUCUGUGAAGAGAAUGUCUUAGGGUCUGUCACAUCUCCCUCUAAAAAGUAUUAAAGAACAUGGAUCAAGUAGAAGAACUUUCUGCAAACAGAAGAAAGAGCUUGCUUUCAGUUGACAAGAAAAAGAGCAAUGGCUGUAGAACCAUUGUGGGAUUUUUAUGCAUAUUCCCUGUGGUGGCUUUGCUGGCUAUUGUGGGAGAUCCAGCUGGAGCUGCAGUUCAGAAAAGUCAGGAAGAUGCCACAUCACCUGGUCUUCACGGAGCGAGUGCCUCUGCUUCGCACAGUCCAGCUUUCCCACCUCAGCCUCCAGCACGCAGAAAACGAUACACGAUCACACCAGGGCACUUGAAAUGGGACCACUUCAACUUGACAUACAAAAUCUUGUCCUUCCCAAGAAACCUCAUAAACGCCAGGGACACGCGCAGGGGCCUCGCGGCUGCGUUCCGAAUGUGGAGUGAGGUCUCGCCGUUCAGCUUCAGAGAGGUGCCACGCCACGUAGCGAGCGACUUGAAAAUAGGCUUCUACUCUAUCAAUCACACAGACUGUCUGGAGUCUCUCAUUCACCACUGUUUUGAUGGAACAACAGGGGAACUUGCCCACGCCUUCUUCCCACCCAACGGGGAAAUCCAUUUUGAUGACCAUGAAUAUUGGAUAUUGGGGAACACCCGGUUCAGCUGGAAAAAAGGCGUCUGGCUCACAGACCUGGUGCAUGUGGCAGCUCACGAGAUAGGACAUGCCUUGGGCCUCAUGCACUCCCUGAACCCCAACGCCCUCAUGCACAUCAACGCCACUUUGACUGGGAAGAAAACCAUCUCCCAGGAUGAAGUCUGGGGAAUUCACAGGCUCUACGGAUGUAAAGACAGAUUAUUUAUGUGCCCAUCGUGGGCACAAAAAGGUUUCUGUGAGAAACGCAGGAAGUUGAUGAAAAAGCACUGCCCCUCGACCUGCGACUUCUGCUACGAAUUCCCGUUUCCAACGGUCCCCCCUACUCUGCCCCCGCCAAGGACAAAAACCAAGACUGUUUCUGAAGGCAGGAAUGUCACCUUCCGCUGUGGACAGAAGAUAAUUCAUAAAAAAGGCAAAGUUUACUGGUAUAAAGAUAAGGAACUUCUGGAAUACUCCUAUCCAGGUUACUUAUCCUUAAAUGAAGAUCACAUGAGCAUCAUUGCAAAUGCAAUUAAUGAAGGAACUUACACUUGUAUAGUAAAGAAAAAAGAAAGAAUCUUGACUACUUACUCCUGGAGAAUCAGACUGAAGCACUAGCAAGGGCCCUGGACUGAGCACUUCAAUUACUGCUCGUUUUGUUUCAAGUUCAAACUGUUUCUUUGGCAUUUUAUAUUUAAUCUCCAGUAGUGCAACUGAACUUCUCCAUCACCUGCUUCCAUACCUUGGGCAACAGAGACUCUGAGACUUGAGUACUGGAAUGUAAAACUUUCCCAAAUUAGUUUUAAUUAAUGAUAAAGACUUUAUCAAGUAUGUGCUGUACAGAGAAUUAAAAAAAAAAAGUUUUUGAAAAAAAGCAUCAGAUUUUGCAGUUAAAUGACAUGGAGGGCAGCAGACUGCUGGAGGACAAGACCAUAACUCUUCAUCAGACCCAGGGGUGAACUGAUUGACGGCUCCGCUGUGUCAGGAGGGAGGCACAGGUAUUGUGGAAGGAAAAUGACCCGUUAUGCUCUCUUUUGCUAUCAUUUUUUUUUUUUAGAUCUUGGUGCAUAGCACUAGAAGAACUUAUAAAAAGUGUAAGACCUGAUGUGACCUGUCAGAAGGAGGAUGUAGGGUCCCAACACCACAAAUUAAUGCAUUCCACAUUUCAACAUUCAGUUCAAACAUCCACAGAUCAUCUUUUACCCCCCAGAACUACUUUUCUGUUGUUUAUAUUUGACUUGUGCAGUCUUACCCCAACAGCCCAGGUACCACCCCCCGCAGCUCCCCAGACCCUGUGUCCUGUCAGU